AUGAUAGGUUGCAGGUUUCUGUUCAGAGUCGAUCGAGUUCUCAGAGUUACAAACACAUGCGUUUCAUCAAACCCUAAAUCACACUUUCAGGGACAGAGAACUUAUUAUGGUUUAAGCUGUGAUUUUACAAUGGGUAGUAGAAAACAGAAAGUUUGUAUUGAUGACAAUACCAAUAAGCACAAAACCAUGAAAUCUAUCUGGAGACCUAUUUCGACUAAUGCUAGUUCGAGUGAAGAAAGCUCAAUAACGGCUGCGUUAGUUGAGUCAGUAGAAGGAGUUCAAGAAGUGGGUUGUAGGACAUCUAGCGCUAUCUCAAACGAGCAUCUCUUGAAGAAGGUAGCUGCUGAUGAAAAUACAGAAUCAGGUACUAGUUCCGGUCAAUUGCAGGGUAAUGUUGAAAAUAAAGUGCUAGAAGGAGAUUCAUCUCUCUCCACUGAAAAGCAUUCUAUUUCUGUAAAGGUUGGUGCUUCUCUAUUUCGUUUUAUUAAAGGAAAAGGGGGAUGCACACAAAAGAAGAUAGAAGAGGAAACGAAGGUUAAGAUAAUAUUUCCUUCUUCAAAAGAAGAUGAGUUUGUUACCAUUGAAGGCAUUUCAAUAGAUAGCGUGACUUCAGCUUCAGAGAAGAUUCAGGCUAUAAUUGAUGAGACAGUUAGGAGUCGAAAUCUUGAUUAUUCCCACUUCAUAUCCCUUCCAUUGGCCAUCCAUCCCGAGUUAGUUUCUAAACUAAUCAAUUUUCAAAACACUAUUUUGGGAAAUGACGAUUCUUGCAUAGAUGAGAAUCUUGACACUGACUCCAAUGAGGCCGAGGAUACUACUGAUAACAAAGAAGGGGAUCAACUGUCAAAAGAAAUUGCUGAUGUUGCAGUUGAAGUUAAACUUGAUGAUGACAGUAAAUCAGUUAAAGUCAAUCGUACUAGCAUACCACUAGUCAGUUAUGCACCUAAAGCAUCUAAGGCUUCCACUUCAUCUGACUUGGGGAUUGACAAAUCUAUAUUCAUUAAGCCUAAGACAUUUCACCUUACAGUACUAAUGCUUAAGCUGUGGAAUAAAGACAGAGUUAAGACAGCAACUGAGGUCUUGCAGAGUAUUUCCUCAAAAGUUAUGGAAGCACUGGAUAAUCGUCCUGUGUCAAUUGGAUUAAAGGGACUGGAAUGCAUGAAAGGUUCAAUGGCCAAAGCCCGUGUCCUGUAUGCUCCGGUGGAAGAAGUUGGCAGCGAGGGUCGUCUUUUGCGUGCCUGUCAAGUCAUAAUUGAUGCAUAUAUUGAAGCUGGACUAGUCUUGGAGAAUGACGCCAAACAAACACUGAAGAUGCACGCCACUGUGAUGAAUUCAAGGCAUAGAAAAAGGACAAAGUGGAAGAGAAAUAGUGUUGACUCUUUCGAUGCACGAGGCAUAUUCGAGAAGUAUGGAACAGAGGACUGGGGGCAGUAUCUUAUCCGUGAAGCUCAUCUUUCGAAGAGAUUUUCAUUUGAUGAAAAGGGAUACUAUCAUUGCUGUGCUUCCAUACCUUUUCCUGAAAAUAUGCAGGUGGAGUGA